GAUCUCCGAUAGAGGGCGCCGUGUUAUUGGUAGGGAUCCUAGACUUCAUUGCAGAGUUGUGCACGUGGCAGACUGAAUAAAUGUUUGCACGUGCAACUAGACUUGCAAGGGUGCCAACUCCACGGGUCCGGAUCCUGCCGAUUCCGUUCAGAUUCCAGACGAGCAAACUCUAUUUUGUUUAGCUAAAAUGGCAAGCGAAAAACCGGAAUAUACAGGCAACAGAAAGAGCCGUCUUGUCGAAGGAACUGUGAGAGAAGCGGCAGCAGCCCUAUUGGCCUUCCACAAGAAGAGAGACGACAAGACAUCGGAGGCUGUUCUUCUCAAUCAACACAGCGAGAUCAAACUUAUCAUCUCCCUCUGGAAGAUCACCGGCAAGAAAGCAAAGACUUACCCUAUAAAUAUUCCUCAUCCUUUGAGAACACCAGAGACUGAGGUUUGCCUGUUUGCCAAAGAUGACGAUAAUCAUGACUCUGAGGCAACUGUAAUACAUUACCAGGAACUGCUGCAGAGUAAAGGGGUCACAGAGGUCAAUGAGGUGAUGCCCCUGCAGGUACUGAAGAAGGAGUACCAGGCGUUUGACUCUCGCAGACAGUUGGCCAAACGAUACGACAUCUUCCUGGCCGAUGAGAGAAUCUUCAGGCUCAUGCAUGUCCACCUUGGUAAAGAAUUCUACCGAAGGAAAAAGUAUCCCAUUACUGUUAACAUGAAGAAGGUGAAUUUGAAGGCAGAAAUACUGAAAGCCAUCAACCCAACAUACUUCAUCCUCACCAAUCGUGGAAACACAAAUCACUUAGUCGCUGCUCACACCGGCAUGACAGUUGACCAAGUAACAGAGAACAUCAUGGCAGCAGUGCAAGGAGUAACAUCCAUCCUCCACUAUGGUUGGCCAAACAUCAAAGCCUUGUAUGUCAGGACAGACGAGUCUGUCUCGCUGCCACUGCACACAUCACUUGUGUUUGAGAAGUGGGAACAGAUGCCCAAUAUAGAUCAUCAAGACAUCUGGAGAUUGAAGAAACAACUUGAGAAGAGCGGGGAUAAACAGCCAACCAAACCAAGAAUCACACCAGAAGAAGAUGCCAAAGCAAAGAGAUUCAAGAAAAGGUCCAAGAAGGAAGAUCUCACAGGGCAGUCAUCAAGCUUGGAGGACAAAAAGAAUGUGAAGAGAGCGACUAAACGGAAAGCUGAAACUGAAGGUGAUGUGGUUGAUCUCAAAGAUCUCUUGAAGAUACCCGUGAGGAGACUGAUCAGAAAGAAAACCAAGAUUGCUGCACCCUUGAAGAAAGUAAAGAUAACUAAGCAGAAGGUACCAGGAAAACGAUCAACGAAGAAUUUGUUGGCAAAGAAAACACAAAGAAAGUAGGAUAUCAGUUGUUGGUAAUAGAAGAGGGAAUAACAAUGGCAAAUAUGUCAUAAGCAGGUCUCUGAGUUGUACAUUUAACUAUUAAUGGUAUUGUGAUUGGGGCAGGUAUUUAAACCUGUGGGGUUUUGUUUAUACAUUAUACAACAUAGGCCAAACUAUCCACAGGGGAAGUCAGAUCCAAGCUAAGUGUCAGAUUUGGGAUGAAAUUUUAAAGGCUGCAAGGUAUUUAAACCUGUGGGGUUUUGUGUAUACAUUAUACAACAUAGGCCAAACUAUCCACAGGGGAAAUCAGAUCCAAACUUAGUGUCAGAUAUGGGAUGAAAUUUUAAAGGUUGGAAGGAGGUGCAAACGGUUGGCCUCAGUUGUCAUACACAUUUGGUUCAGUUAAGCCUUGACACACAAAUUGCAAGAAUUGACAUUCACAAGUUUAUUGAUUAUAAAUGAUUUUUAUUUAUCAAUUCAUCAGUUUAUCAAAACUCUAUUUUUGCUUGAAUCAAUCUACUUGGCCAAUUAAAUGUUAUUAGCUAAGUCUUGUGGAAGGGGACACAUACCAUGUUCAAACCUGUAGGAAAUAAACACCAUACUUUACUUUCAGUAACAAAUAGCAUUUCCAGUCAAAUAAAAGAUAUGAUAAGUCCGUAAUCAUCAAAGAAUUCAUGACUUUGUUUCUAUCAAAUGAAAGUAAAAGAAACUCAAAUUCUAUGAAAUUACAGGCUAAAUGCUAAAACAUACUUGAAUUCUACAUUUUGUUUCAAACAAAAAUAAAGUAGUAAUGACUUUUCAACACAA